CUUGAUACUGUGAGAAAUAAUUUUAAGACUAAGUUACCAGUCCUAGUUCUUUAGAAAUUUAGGCUAUAGUUGACCCAAUACUCUACAUGUGAAAAAUAAAAAUACAAAGCAAAUGAUUAAUAUUAGUUGACUGAUGAAGACAAUAAGAACAAUGAAGAUAGUACCAUGAGCUCGGUGCCCAUAGCAUAGUGGUUAAGGCGCCAGCCACAUACACCAAGGGCCAGCUAAACAAAAAUGACAAUUGCAACGGAAAAAUAGCUGGGCAUUGUGGUGGGCACCUGAGGCAAGAGAAUCUCUUAAGCCCAAGAGUUUGAAGUUGCUGUGAGCUGUGACACUAUGGCACUCUACCAAGGGCGACAUAGUGAGACUGUCUCAAAAAAAAAAAAAGAUAGUACUAUGGAAAGUAGUUUAGAGAUUGAAUUGGUUAGCGAAGAUCUGGAGUGGUUACAUAGAAUGGGUUGCUGCAGAGACCUACAGAUGUCUGAUGUCUUCUGAGAUGGGAAAUCCUUUUGUGUCAUUGCCCAUUCACACUUGUUCAUCAAGGCCUUUGAGUUCUCAAGGGCAGAAUUUACCUCUGAACAGAAAGAUGGAAACUGAAGUACAUUUAUUCUGCCAGGCAGAAGAAAAUAUUGACUUAUCAGUUGAUGAUUCUAAUUCUUUUGUAACCAAUUUACCAUCAAGAAAUAUUGACAGCAAGAAAUAUGUCAAGUGUUCUAAAACAAUAGAGAAGAAAAUUUCAUCCAAAAUUACAGGUUCAAGCCUAGAACACAAAAAAUUGUAUGAAGCAUCACUAUUCCUAUGUAAAGAAGAAAAGUUCUCUGAUUUUUCAGGAGGAACAAAUAUCAAGGGAAAGAAAAGUUUACAAAUACAACAGCACAGUAAAAAGUCAGAGAUUCUCUCUCCUUUUCUGAAGCUAUCAAAGGAGAAGAUGACUAGGAAAGAAAACUCUUUAUGCAAGUUUCCAAAUCAUUACAGUGUUUACAAGACUUCAUCACCCCUUUGUACAUCUUCCUCAAAUGUUUGGAAAGAAGAAAUGAUUUCUAACCUCUACCUGACAUUAUAUGAAGAAGUGUCCAGUGGAUGCUUAUACUCACAAGAAUUAAGUGCACUUCAAAAAGCCUGCAAAAUUUUUAGCAAAAUUCGAAGUGGUAAGAUUUAUGUGAAUGAUCUGCCAAUUGUUCUUUGCACCUUGAGAAUUUCUGUAAGUGACUCAGAAAUGCGGCAAGCACUAAAGUCUGUUGCUAUUGAUGUUAAUGGAAUACUGGAUUUUUCAAAUUUCCUUAAGGCUGUGAAUGAUGUUUCUUAUUUGGUCUCUCAGGAUCCAGCAUUCCAGGAUGCCUUGAAGAUUUUCUGUAGGAUAAAAAGUGGUCGAAUUGCAACUGAUGAAAUAGUUGCUGUUUUGAAUAGCAUGGAUAUCUUAAUAAGCCCUGAAACUUUAAAGGAAGUGAUGAAACAUACAUAUACUGACAGUAACCACAUGGUAGACGUUGGGGAUAUUAUAUUAAUUUUGAAUGAAUUACAGCAACAAUAUGAGGAUGUUUCAAUUAUGGAAGGGUCAGCCUUGGAUGAAACUACUUCAGGCAGAAAGUUAUCAAAUACAGCAGAAUGCUAUGUACAAAGUAAAAAGAAAAACAGUUUUUCCCCCCGACCCUCUGAACUUUCAAUAUCCAGAAAAUUAAAUAAAAAAUGCCACCAAUAUUAUAGCAAAAUUAUGGAGAAGAAUGAUGACCUGGAAUUUAAAAGACCAAAAAGUACUUGGCAAGAAAGAGAAUUCCUGGAUGGGGCCAAAAGCAUUGAUGUAGGAUUCCAAGAACCAUAUUCAAAGAAUGGCAUAAACAUUAAAAAACAUUCAGAUAAAGGUGAAAUUCAGGACUCAAAGUCUAAACUACAAAACUUGAAGAGUAUAACAAGUGUCAAUAAGUCUCUGGAUAAAAGUGAUAUUUCUGGUAUCUCAGAACUUCAGAAACCAGCUGUGAGAAGGCAUUCCAGCCUCCUAAAACAGGUUUCACCUAAGGAAAAAACUGCAAUUAAUACUCUGGUGUUAUCUGAUGUUAUUAAAGCCAUUGAUAAAAUUAAAGAUGAAAAUGUUGAUCCUGAGGAUCUAAAUACUUGUCUUCAAAAUUUUGGAAUUUACCUUUCUAAGGAAGAAUUUGAGAAGAUUGCAGAAGUUGAUGAAUCAGAUGAAAUAAAAAAAGUGAAUUUUAAAGAAUUCAUUGGUACUAUGAUGAGAGACACAGAACGCUUCUCUGAAAAAUUAUUAUUAUCUGAUGCUAUAGAAAACCUCAACAAUCUCAGCAAGGAGAAGAUAAGAGUUCCUGACCUGUGGAAAACUCUCUCUAGUUUGAAUAGUAAUUUAAAGAAAGAUGAAUUCCUAGCAGCAUUAAACCAACUGACAAUUGAUGAUGGUGACACAGUACAAUUUGAAGAAUUUGCAAAAGUGGUACAGAAUAUGUGUGAUGCUUCCAGGUUAGAAGAGUUACAGGAGGUUGUCUCAGCUUUUGAUUUGAUUGAAGGUGGCAUGAUAGCUGAGAAGAACUUGGAAGAUUUUCUAAGAAAUGUUGGGAUUAAGUCACCUAAAGAAGAGGCAGAGAAAAUUCUUCAAUCAAAUUUUGUUUCUGAAGACAACAUUGUGAAUGUUAAAGACUGUCUGAGGGCUUUGAGGGAUACCCAGAAAUUUUCUAAUUUUAUUGCAUUGAAUGAGGCCAUCAAUACAUUGGUCUACAUGAAAGAAAGUUGUCCGUUUAACAAAGACAAACAUUCAGAUGUACUUGAAAACACCAAUAGACUUAAUUUUACUGAUGACAUUCUUAAAGAAAUAAUUGAUGAGUUCUCUGCUGAGGGAGAUAAAGAUAAAUUUUAUAACAAGACUAUUAACAAAAAUGAUGUUGCAGUCAUUUCUGAUCUUCAGCAAAAUUUAAAUGCCAUAGGAAUCUGUCUAACAGAUGAUAAAAUACAGGAGGCUUUGGUUAAUACUAAUCCCAAUGAUGAAGUGGUGCAUUUUAAGGAUUUUAUCAGAGAAUUGGCCAACAGUGAUGACUUUAUUGAGUGCCAAAGAAUAGAAGAUGCAUGGAAUAUUAUUCAUAGUGUCUCUGAUGGGCAAGCUGAAAUUAAAGACCUUUCGUCUACCUUGAAGAAUCUGGAGAAACCUUUAAAUGAAGAACAACUUAAGGUAUUACUGAACUCUGCAACAGAUGAAGGAAAAAUGAUCUUAAAAGUUGUAAGUAAUCUUUUAACUGAUUCAGCUAAACCAUCAACACCAUUCAACAAUUUACUUAAAGAGAUUACAGUGCUUAAAAGUAUCAGAAAUGAUAGUAUGCCUGCAAAUGAACUGUGCUUCAAAUUCUUGAGUGCUGGAAUUCCACUAAGCAACAAGGCAUUCCAGGAGAUCUUGAGACAAGCAUGUAUUGAUGAAAAUAGUGAAGUAUGUCUCAAAGAAAUUUUGGAAAAUUUGAACACAAGUAAGCCAGAUCCUGUAUUUGAAGAAAUAUACACUGCUCUUGACACUGUCAACUUGAUGAACUAUGACAGAAUUCAAGUUAAUGACUUGGAAAAUGCUUUUGACCAACUUGGUAUUUCUUUAAAGCCUGAAGAACAUCAGAUGUUAGAGAAAACACUUGAUGCUGAUGGUAUAUUUAGUCACUAUAAGUUGAUUUUCUUAAAGUGA